AUGGUGCCGCGCGGCCCGCUCCCAACGCGCCGGACUCUCGCUGCCCGCUCGGCCAGUCCGUCAGGGCGAGCCCUCGGGGGCCCGCUGUGGCGGCGCGGCGUGGAGGAGGCGGCCGAGGAGCGCCUGGGCCGCCGGCCCGCCGCGGGCGCCGAGGGCCUCUCGGAGGCCGAGCGCACCUUUCUGCACAUGGGCCGCACCAUGAAGGAGGACCUGGAGGCCGUGGUGGAGCGACUGAAGCCGCUGUUCCCCGCCGAGCUGGACGUGGUGGCCGCCUACGCGGAGAGCUACCACCGGCACUUCGCGGCCCAGCUGGCGGCCAUGGCGCAGUUCGAGCUGUGCGAGCGCGACACCUACAUGCUGCUGGUCUGGGUGCAGAACCUCUACCCCAAUGACAUCAUCAACAGUCCGAAGCUGGCCGGGGAGCUGCAGAGACUCAACCUUGGGAGCCUCCUGCCCCCCAGGCAGAUCCGGCUGCUGGAGGCCACGUUCCUGUCCAAUGAGAUGACCAGUGUGAAGGAGUUGAUGGCCCGUGCCCUGGAGCUAGAGUGUCAGCGCUGGGCCCGGGAUGUGGCUCCCCAGAGGCUGGACAACCACUGCCACAGCGAGCUGGCCAUUGACAUCAUCCAGAUCGUCUCCCAGGGCCAGGCCAAGGCCGAGAGCAUCACCCUUGACCUGGGCACGCAGAUAAAGCAGAUGCUGCUCCUGGAGCUGGCCACAUUCCUGAGGAGCUACCAGCGAGCCUUUGAUGAAUUUCUGGAGAGAGGCAAGCAGCUGAGAAAUUACAGGGCCAAUGUCAUUGCCAAUAUUAACAACUGCCUGUCCUUCCGGACAGCCAUGCAGCAGAAAUGGCAGACACAAGACCUCCCCGGCCACCUGCUGGGCCCCUUGAGUGAGCUCGAGAGUCACGGCUUUGACGCCCUGCUCCAGAGCCUGUUCGGGGACCUGAAGCCGCUGUUUAAGAGGUUUACACAGACCCGCUGGGCCGCCCCCGCGCAGACCCUGGAGGAAAUCAUCUCCACCGUGGGCGAGAGGCUGCCUGAGUUUUCGGAACUGCAUGACUGUUUCCGGGAGAAGCUCAUGGAGGUUGUACACCUGCACCUGGUGAAGGAGUACAUCGUCCGCCUCAGCAAGCGGAGCCUGGUCCUCAAGUCCGCGGAGCAGCAGCAGCAACUGGCGGGUCACAUCCUGGCCAAUGCCGAGCUCAUCCAGCGUUUCUGCACUCAGAAUGGCUCCCCAGCGACCUGGCUGCAUCACGCCCUCCCCAAGCUUGCCGAGAUCAUUCGCCUGCAAGACCCCAGUGCCAUCAAGAUCGAGGUGGCCACUUAUGCGACCUGGUACCCUGACUUCAGCAAAGGCCACUUGAGUGCCAUCUUGGCCAUCAAGGGAAACCUAUCGAGCAGUGAGGUCAAGAGCAUCCGAAGCAUCCUGGACGUCAGCACGGGGACACACGAGCCCUUCAAGUCCCUAUUUUCGCUUAUAAAAGUUGGUUAGCUUUUCCUGCCA